UCUUGUGGUUUAUAAACUUAGUAGGAGCAGUAGGAGGGGCCGGAGGGAUAUUCUUGAAACAGUUGAAUCUGCGCGUGGGGCUUUGCGGGAGGUAACCAAUCAAUACUCUCCCAAUUCCACUGAAAGACACGAAGACGCUGGCGUUAAACGGACACAUAAGAUUGUUUAAAAUGAGCUACAUGGGCAGAGGAACUUUUCUCAGACUCGCUGUGGUGGUAAUAUUAUACUCAUCGGGAACGACGUGGACUUUCCGUGAGGAGAAGGAGGAUGCAGACAGAGAAGUGUGUUCGGAAAACAAAAUCGCAACGACGAAGUAUCCGUGCGUAAAAUCCACGGGAGAUGUCACAACGUGCUACAGAAAGAAGUGCUGUGAUGGUUUUAAAUUUGUGCUGGGACAGUGUAUUCCAGAAGACUAUGAUGUAUGUGCUGGUGCCCCCUGUGAACAACAGUGUACCGAUCAUUUCGGCCGUGUGGUGUGUACCUGUUACUCUGGUUAUCGUUACGACCGAGAACGUCAUAAAAACCGCGAGAAACCGUACUGCCUGGACAUUGAUGAAUGUGCCAGCAACAACGAGACGGUGUGCUCACAGAUCUGUGUGAACACCCCAGGCAGUUACCGCUGUGAGUGCAAGAGAGGCUUCUACUUAGAGGAUGAUGGAAAAACAUGCACCAAGGGCGAAAGAGCUCCGCUGUUUGAGAAGUCAGACAAUGUCAUGAAAGAGGGAACAUGCUCAGCCACAUGUGAGGACUUCCAUCGUAUGAAGAUGACUGUUCUCCAACUCAAACAGAAGAUAGCUAUGUUGCCAAGCAACACAGAGGUGAAUAAGCAGACGACCAAUGAAAAGAUACUGACGACACACGCAUUCUUACCCGGACCUCCAGGGCCACCUGGGCCAGCAGGGAGCCCAGGACCCAAUGGUUCACCUGGCCCAGCAGGACAGAUGGGGCCACCAGGCUUGCCUGGCCUCCGAGGUGACAUGGGGCCCAUUGGUCCCUCUCCGGACCUCUCUCAUAUCAAACAAGGCCGGCGUGGUCAAAUGGGUCCUCCCGGGGCGCCAGGGAAAGAUGGCAUGAAGGGAGAGAGAGGGCUUCCUGGCCUUUCUGGACCUCCAGGCCCACCAGGAUCUUUCGACUUCCUGUUGCUCCUGAUGGCCGACAUUCGUCAUGACAUUGCAGAACUGCAGCAUAAAGUGUUUGGAAGACCGUUGCACUCUUCAGAAGAGGACUUGCCCCCUGCCCCUGACACUUGGAGAGAUAACCAGGAAAGUCUGGACUUUGGCUCCGGAGAAGACUACAAACCCCAGAGUCCCCCCAAGAGCACCAGGAAGAGAAAAUUGCCCGAGACCUUAAAUAAUCCCAAUUGGCCAAUUUGAGACCGCCAUCGAAUUUGGCAAUACUGAAAGAAAGAACUUAUUAAAGAGAGAAUGAGUGGAGUAUAAAUAUCACAGAAUGAUUGUUAUUUAAUUGUAUACUCUCUGGAAAAAAAAAAGGCUGAAUGUAUUUCACUGUAUGAAAUUUCUAUUUUUAUAACAUAAAGGAUGUACAUUUUUGUAAUUUC